AAAUAAUUUGAGGACCAGCCAUGUCCAAGAUCAACAAGGAGUUUCUGCUGGAGGCCAUCACCAGUAUUCAGUCUGGCUCUAAAGACAAACAGAGGAAGUUUUUAGAGACAAUCGAGCUGCAGAUUGCUUUGAAGAACUACGAUCCCGCUCGUGACAAGCGUUUCACUGGUACCGUCAAACUUCGUCACGUCCCCAAGAAAAACUACAAGAUUUGCAUUAUUGGAGAUGAAAGGCAUAUUGAUGAAGCUAAGCAACUCGGAUACGACUGCAAGAGCGCAGAGGACCUCAAGAAGCUGAACAAGAACAAGAAGUUGGUGAAGAAGCUCGCUAAGAACUACGAUGCUUUCAUGGCUUCAGAUGGUCUGAUCAAACAGAUUCCUAGAUCCUUGGGACCUGGUCUGAACAAAGCUGGUAAGUUCCCCACAUCUCUGUCCCAUCAAGAAAACAUGGAAGAGAAAGUAGAGACCGUCAAGAAAACCAUCAAAUUCCAGAUGAAGAAAGUCCUGUGUCUGUCUGUCGCAGUCGGUAAUGUCUCUAUGGAAACCGAUGAGCUGAACGCAAAUAUUAUGUUGGCCGUUAACUUCCUGGUAUCACUCUUGAAGAAGAACUGGCAGAACGUGAGGUCGCUCAACAUUAAAUCUACAAUGGGAAAGCCACACAGAAUCUACUAAUUUAUUGUGAUCUUUUUUAUUCUAUCAAA